AUGGGCAAUUACGGCGUCGAUCAAAAUGGUGACCAAGUGGAGCUUGUCGGCGUCCCCAGUCUUCGAUCUCAACCCUCCGCAUUCUCGCUCUCCUCCUCCUUAACCUCCUUCUCCGACUUCGCCCGUCAAUCAACCUUCGCCAGCAAAUCUUCCCUCAAGAAGCGACCCCCCGACGAGGAUGUCACCUUCCUAGAAAUAGACAGCGGUGCUGCCGGAGACGAACAAUCCUCACACCGCAAAGGAAAUCAAGAACCAGAAGAUGUGGAGAACUCUUCCUCCUCCUCCACCAGCCCCAUAAGACAGAAAGCCCAAUGGAUAGAUGGAGUCUACAUGUGCGCCAAGGCUGGAACCAUAGUAUUCCUCCUAAACCUGAUAUUCAUCGCCGUCGCAGCGGGACUAGCGAGCCGAUUCCCAGAUAAUCCCGCGUUUGCGAGCUCCGCGGUGAUUUACCGGGGUAGUUGCGGGGUGUGUAAGAGGUGGGACACAGCGUUGCAUUUAAUUAUCAACGUUCUGAGUACGUGUAUCCUUGCCGCGAGCAAUUAUUGUAUGCAGACUCUUGUUGCUCCCACGAGGGAGGAGGUUGAUGCUCAUCAUGCGGAGUGGAAAUGGCUUGAUAUUGGCAGUGCGAGCGUCAAUAAUCUUUUCGCUAUUGAGAAGUCGAGAUUGGGCCUUUGGCUUGUUUUGUUGUUUACUGCUACGCCAUUUCAUUUGAUGUAUAACUCGAUGGUUUUUGAAUCCUUAUCAACGAAUCAGUUUGGCGUCGUUGUCGGUCCUAAGGAUCUGAACUCGUCAAAUGUGCACGACUUGACGACUCCAGCGUUGGAGAGGUGUUUCUCCUCUCCUGCGCGCGGCGGUAUAUACUAUUAUACAGAUCCUAAUCUCGAUGAUCUUACUAUCAAAUCCUCUACUUUCACGUCCCAAAUGCGCUGGCCCGCAUUCGUCGAGGAAAUUGCAAACGAGAACUACGACCGCAUCUCUGCGUCGGAGUGUUCGGCCAAGGUCAAGACAACCGCGACCGGAAUCCGAGGAAUCGUCGCGCUUGCAUCAAAUCUUACCGUCAGCUUGGGAGGCGAUUCCGCUAUACUGAUGACUCGUGUCGAUAACACCGACAUCCAGACAUCGUCUACUUACUUCUACGGCGGUAAUUUGGAAGCAAACCUUUAUGCCAACCAAACUGUCUACAAAGGCUCGAACGCCACCUGUCUGUCUUACAACGCUGUCAAUUCGGAUUUCUUCGACGAAACAACUGGGGAGGUGAUGCGCAAUCGUUUUGGCACCACCGUAAUGCCUAUUGAGGAGUGUCUCGUUAUCCGGACCGAGGAACAUUGCCAAUUACUCUAUAGUCCGCCUAUCUGCCUGACCAUUAUGCUUGCCGCAUUUGCGAAGAUCGCGGCUAUGUUUCUAGCAGCACAUAUUGGUCGCUCACGUUCGCCGCCUCUGCUUACUGUUGGUGAUGCCGUGGCUUCAUUCAUGGAAAAGCCAGAUCCUACGACUAAGGGUCUUUGUUGGAUUGCAGGAGCCGAUGUGAGAAAGGGUAGCUGGGCCAAGGUUACUAAGGCUGGUUUCCAGGCCGUUCUGCAGAAUGAACAGAGCGAUCCUAUCACUUAUAGGCGUCUGAAAAAGAGGAACUUCUGGGGUAGAGCGGCUAGUGGGUGGCGAUGGCUUGCCACUCUUUUCAUGUGCUUUGUCUGCAUUAUUGUCGGAAGUUUCCUUUUUAGCAUCUCCCUUAGUGCUGGCAUGUACGGUGGCACAUCGUGGAUAAGUGCCAACACAUUCAAGAACUGGUUCAGCUCAGACGUCGACAUGUCUGAUGAGAACAUAAUCGGUGGUAACUCUAUGGGCUUGACCAUGCUAGCCUCCGUGGUCAUUGCCAACACACCGCAGCUGGCAAUCACCAUUAGCUACUACUGCUACAACGCCGUACUAACCAGCAUGCUAGCCGCGGCCGAAUACAGCUCGUACGGUGCCAGUUCCAAGGCACUGCGUGUCACUUGGCCCGUUAGGGGCAGCCAGCAACGCUCAACUUACUGGCUCAGCAUCCCAUAUAAAUACGGUGUGCCAAUUCUGGUGCUCUACAUGAUCCUGCACUGGCUCGUCUCGCAGAGCAUUUUCUACCUCCUUUUGAUCACAUACGAUCCGGCGAAUGAACCUGUCCCAGGAAAUGAAAUCAGCUCUCUCGGCUAUUCCUCCAGCCCGAUCUUCCUGUCCAUCAUUGUUGGUUCAAUUAUGGUGCUUGUCCUUAUUGUUCUAGCGUUCCGGAAAUUCAAAUCCACCGUACCCGUCACUGGGUCCACUAGUGUUGCCAUCAGCGCGGCUUGCCACCUCCCCAGGGACGAGGUUGGAGAAACGGCUGUCUUAGGUUUGGUAAAAUGGGGAGAAACUACGAUGUCACCCGCCUGGGCGAUGGAGAGUUUUGGGGGUAUAGAUGAUGGGCAAAAGGGUCAUUGUAGCUUUACUUCGUUGGAAACGAAGAACCCUACUUUGAUGAAGCUGUACGCUUAA